CGCGCCAUGGCCCCGCGCGCCCGGCGGCGCCGCCAGCUGCCCGCGCCGCUGCUGGCGCUCUGCGUGCUGCUCGUUCCACUGCAGGUGACUCUCCAGGUCACUCCUCCAUGCACCCAGGAGAGGCAUUAUGAGCAUCUCGGACGGUGUUGCAGCAGAUGCGAACCAGGAAAGUACCUGUCCUCUAAGUGCACUCCUACCUCCGACAGUGUGUGUCUGCCCUGUGGCCCCGAUGAGUACUUGGACACCUGGAAUGAAGAAGAUAAAUGCUUGCUGCAUAAAGUCUGUGAUGCAGGCAAGGCCCUGGUGGCGGUGGAUCCUGGCAACCACACGGCCCCGCGUCGCUGUGCUUGCACGGCUGGCUACCACUGGAACUCAGACUGCGAGUGCUGCCGCAGGAACACGGAGUGUGCACCUGGCUUCGGAGCUCAGCAUCCCUCUCAACAAGGAUACGGUGUGCACACCCUGCCUCCUGGGCUUCUUCUCAGAUGUCUUUUCGUCCACAGACAAAUGCAAACCUUGGACCAACUGCACCCUCCUUGGAAAGCUAGAAGCACACCAGGGGACAACGGAAUCAGAUGUGGUCUGCAGCUCUUCCAUGACACUGAGGAGACCACCCAAGGAGGCCCAGGCUUACCUGCCCAGUCUCAUCGUUCUGCUCCUCUUCAUCUCUGUGGUAGUAGUGGCUGCCAUCAUCUUCGGCGUUUACUACAGGAAGGGAGGGAAAGCGCUGACAGCUAAUUUGUGGAAUUGGGUCAAUGAUGCUUGCAGUAGUCUAAGUGGAAAUAAGGAGUCCUCAGGGGACCGUUGUGCUGGUUCCCACUCGGCAACCUCCAGUCAGCAAGAAGUGUGUGAAGGUAUCUUACUAAUGACUCGGGAGGAGAAGAUGGUUCCAGAAGACGGUGCUGGAGUCUGUGGGCCUGUGUGUGCGGCAGGUGGGCCCUGGGCAGAAGUCAGAGAUUCUAGGACGUUCACACUGGUCAGCGAGGUUGAGACGCAAGGAGACCUCUCGAGGAAGAUUCCCACAGAGGAUGAGUACACGGACCGGCCCUCGCAGCCUUCGACUGGUUCACUGCUCCUAAUCCAGCAGGGAAGCAAAUCUAUACCCCCAUUCCAGGAGCCCCUGGAAGUGGGGGAGAACGACAGUUUAAGCCAGUGUUUCACCGGGACUGAAAGCACGGUGGAUUCUGAGGGCUGUGACUUCACUGAGCCUCCGAGCAGAACUGACUCUAUGCCCGUGUCCCCUGAAAAGCACCUGACAAAAGAAAUAGAAGGUGACAGUUGCCUCCCCUGGGUGGUCAGCUCCAACUCAACAGAUGGCUACACAGGCAGUGGGAACACUCCUGGGGAGGACCAUGAACCCUUUCCAGGGUCCCUGAAAUGUGGACCAUUGCCCCAGUGUGCCUACAGCAUGGGCUUUCCCAGUGAAGCAGCAGCCAGCAUGGCAGAGGCGGGAGUACGGCCCCAGGACAGGGCUGAUGAGAGGGGAGCCUCAGGGUCCGGGAGCUCCCCCAGUGACCAGCCACCUGCCUCUGGGAACGUGACUGGAAACAGUAACUCCACGUUCAUCUCUAGCGGGCAGGUGAUGAACUUCAAGGGUGACAUCAUCGUGGUGUAUGUCAGCCAGACCUCGCAGGAGGGCCCGGGUUCCGCAGAGCCCGAGUCGGAGCCCGUGGGCCGCCCUGUGCAGGAGGAGACGCUGGCACACAGAGACUCCUUUGCGGGCACCGCGCCGCGCUUCCCCGACGUCUGUGCCACCGGGGCUGGGCUGCAGGAGCAGGGGGCACCCCGGCAGAAGGACGGGACAUCGCGGCCGGUGCAGGAGCAGGGUGGGGCGCAGACUUCACUCCAUACCCAGGGGUCCGGACAAUGUGCAGAAUGACCUCACCUUCUCUGUCUGCCCUGGGUGCAGGGCACCAGUGCCUUUCCAAAAACAUGGUGUAGCUAGCCACUGUGCACCUCCUCACUGGUGCAGGCUGCUGGCAUGGUGAUGGAGCCCACCUCUCACUUCCUCCAGUGCCCCUCUCCUCUGCCUCCUACCACCUGGCAUCAUUCAGUUUGGCCUUUUUUUGCAACGUUGGUGUCCUGCAUUAUUGAGAUCUGUAUCACCCCACCCCCAUAUUUAUUAUUCACUUGCUUUUGUAGUGUUUUCUGAUACUCUCUCUCUCUGUCUCUGUCUCUCUCUCUCUCUCUCUCUCUCUCUCUCUCUCUCUCUCUCUCUAUAUAUAUAUAUAUAUAUAUAUAUAUAUAUAUAUAUAUCUCAGGUUUUUUUUCCAAAGAGUGAAAGGGAUGCACGGCCACUACCACUAAGGCUUUGAGUUUGUGUGGAUCCUUGAGAGCUAAGUUCAGGUGACCUUGUCCCCUGCCUGGUUUUGGUUUUGUUUCAUUUUUUGUUUUUUAGUCUUUUUUUUUUCCUACAGUGGCAGGUACUUGGCCACUAAAUCUCAAAAAAAAAAAAUCAUACCUUUUGUGGUUUUGGCAUCCUUAUUUUUUUUAAACUAUUGGCUGUCUAGAAAAGAUGGAGGGAGUAAAUAGGACGUCAGGCCAAAGGACAAAAUGAAGGUGCCAGGGAAAUUCAAGAAAGAAUGAAUAGAGUUGACAUGUCAAUUUGCUUUUUCUCUUCCUCCAUUAGAAUGUCAGAAACACACUUAGGCAGUAGGCCCUCUUUCCUUCCAAAGUGUUUGUGCAUGAGUAAUUUAGCCUAUGGAAGUAAAAACAUUCUUCUGUGUGUGUCUGUGUGUGUGUGUCUGUGUGUGUGUGUCUGUGUUCAUGUGUGUGUGUGUCUGUAUGUGUGUGUCUGUGUGUGUGUGGAUGUGUGUGUCUGUGUGUGUGUGUGUCUGUGUGUGUGUAUGUGUGUGUCUGUGUGUGUGUGGAUGUGUGUGUCUGUGUGUGUGUGGAUGUGUGUGUCUGUGUGUGUAUGGAUGUGUGUGUCUGUGUGUGUGUGUUGCUCCCACAUUUAAAUGACAAACCAGGAGAUCUAAAGAGAUGCCUCACAGUUAAGAAGAAGAGUUUGGGUUCAGUACCCAGUACCCCACUGUUCAGUCCACAACUCCAUGUAACUCCAGCUCCAUGGGAUUCCAUGGCCACACACACACACACACACACACACACACACACACACAAUUACAAAUCAAAUCUCAUGAGGUAAAUGUAAGGAAAUCAAUUGUCCUAUGGGUGAUUUUCUUUUGGUGGGUCCUUAUACAAGAAAGCAGUUUAAAACUGAAAGAGGCCACAGGCAUAGUUAUCACGAGCACUGGUUCUUGGAUAAUGGAGAUAAAGCUAACCACUUAAGUGAACUACAAGCAGUUUUGUAAUUGUUGGGGUCCAGGAGUCACCUCACAAACCAUUCAAACACCCACCUCAGACAGGGAUGGCUUAUUUAGCAUACACCACAGGUCUAACCAAUCAGGGCCACAAUUCAGGCUCAGAAGCUGAACCAUGACAUUGAGUUAAGAUCCUACAGGGUUUUCAAGCAUAAAGUCCACAAACAUCUGUGCCAAGUUAUUUCACCAAUCAGGAUUUAGAGAUAGGGGAUUUUCUUACAAACAUGUCUUUGUUGUACACUUAUCCUGUUCUCAUUGGUUGGGGUAUUCAGUUGUGGCAGGGGACUUUAACAUGCAUGCCUUAACUUGUCUACCAGGACGUCAGUUACCCAUAUACAUGCCUCUUUCUGCCAAGUAGGAUGACAGUUCUCUCUCUCUCUUUUUUUUUUCUUGUUUUUUUUUCUUUUACCUUUCUCAAACCCUUGUGUUGAGGGCAGGAUGACAAUUCUCGGUGAGGUCUUGGGAACUUAAAACUUUACCUGACCCUACACAAAAUGAAAGUCUUAUUCCAAAUAGCUUCUUAUAUUGGUGUCUCUCUUAUGUUGGGGUCCAUCCCAUAGGCAGCUUAUAAAACCAAAUAGCAUAAAAGCUUAUAUUACAGGUGCAGGAAGUGCUGCUGGGUAGUUGGUUCGGGGCUAAGCUUAUUGUGGGUCACUAUACAAAACAAUUCUACUGACUUCUAUCAUGAUUUUUUUUUUUUUUACAAAGGCACAGAACAUAACAAUAUGCAACCAGUUUGGGCAUGAGAAAGUUUCCUAGUAACAGCAUAUGAGAAAGUCUCUUUAUAACAUUAGUAACGGCAUAAAAUGGUGGGCUACCCAGGUGACAAGUACCUAGGCCUUAACAUUCCAUCUAGGCCUUAAUAUUUUAUCUAGACCUUAACAGUAAUCCGGCAGGUAUCUAGACCUUAACAGUAAGUUAAACAUGCUAAGAAUGAUCACUGUGCAGCCGCAAGUAUCCAGCUGAGCAGAAGCCCAUCUCUCCCUGGUUUCCUCCUGACUGAAGUUCUCCUGUGGUUGUAGCAGUUGAUUCUGAUUUUUAACACAAAAUUGGUGAAUAGCUCUGUAAUGUAUGGGCUCCUAUGCUAACAUAAAGAACUUCAGGAAAUAAGCCCAGGGCCAGAAUGAUGCAAUGAUAGAAAUUUUGUUAGUACUUUUCCAAAGAGAGAUGUUACUAAAUUCAGCAAAGCCAUUAUACCUUUUUCGUACGGAAUGUAUUGUAUUAAAUAAACUCCAUAAAGUAGGAUGUGGAGCUCAAACCCCACACCCAGGACUAUCAUCAUCUCUCCAUGCCUACUUCUUUUUUGCUGUACUUCCCUUUUCUCCAUACAAAGUCAAUAAUGACAGCUCAACACCAUUUCCCGACCCAGAGAUAUCAGAAGAUGCUUUGGUGGGUGUUAAAGUACCGUAAUUCCUAAAAUCAAAAGUGCUAAGAGCAUUAAGAAUCUACUUUCAGAGAGAAAACGAAAGGUAUUAAGGUUCCUCACACUGAUCCCGACUGAGGUUAUAUUGGUUCAAAGCCAACGAAACCUUAGGAAACACGUAACAAAGAUAUAUAGUUGCAUGUGUGUAGUUGAAAUGUUUAUGACAAAUAUAAACAAUAUAAAGAAAAUACAAUAAAAGUUACUCCAAUGUCAUGGUAAAGAGAUUAUUAAAACUUUAUUUUUCCAUAAAAUAUUUUUAUGUCCGGUUAAAGCUUAUUACAAAAAUUGUAAUCCAACCAGGCAUGAUGGCACAAUCCUUUAAUCCCAACACUAGGGAGGCAGAAGCGGGAGGCAGAAUUAAUCUCUAUUAAUUCAAGGCCAAUCUGGUCUACAUCUCAAAUUACAGGACAGCCAGGGCUAUAAUAGAGAGAUCCUAUUUUAAAACAAAACAAAAUUAUGACCCAAAUUAUCGCUGAUCCUUAUAGUGUGCUAUGAUGUUGAAUAUUAGUUUAUUGUAUCUUAUUGACAAUGUAUCUUCUAUUGCUAUCAUAAGGUAAGGCAAUUAUUUAAAAUAUUAUUUGACAAGGGCUGGCGUGAUGGCUCAGCAGUUUAGAACACACACUGCUCACAGAGGACCAGAGUUCAGUUCCUAGCACCUCCAUUAGUUUACAGCCACCUGUAACUCCAGCCCCUGAGAGAGCCAAUGCCUUUUGCUUCUGAAGGCACCUGCACUCAUAUACACACAGACAGGUGUGUAUACAAUGGAAAAUAAAGUAGUAAGCUUUAAAAAGGACAAAAAUUUAUAGUCUGGUCAUUAAGCAGCAAAGUUGAAACAGAAGUGGCAUGUGAUGUUUUCUGCCCGCAUGUGACCCAGCUAGUAAAAUAGAGAAAUACUUUUGACCUAUGAGUGUAGACUAGUUUGAAUGUGACAUGUGGAACCUUCAGGUGUCAGGGAAAGGAAUUCUGCUGUGUAACAAAACACUCCAAAUUCAGUGGCUUAAAAUAACCACCUACUUAGCUCAGAUUCUGUGGGUUGGCUGUUCUAAGGUGACUGCUAUGCCUGUAUUCAGCCGAGCUGGCUCGCUCACUGGCAGCGAGGAGGCUUGUCCACUAAGCAGCUCUUCGGGCUGUUCUAAGUGAGCUCUUCCACCUGCUCAUCCCAUGCCCCAUCCUUCCAGCAUCCAAGCUGGGUAGCUCCCCUUGUGGUUCAGAGUCCUUGGGAGAGCAGAAUAAAUCCUCCAUGAUUCUUGGCUCAGGGUCAGGUUCUGACUUGCAGAUGAAUUGUGCAACAUUCACGGGCCACAAGAAGUCACCAGGCCAGGCCAGAGUCACAGGACAUCGGACCCGUCCCUGCUUCUGGUAUGGAAAGACGUUUCCAAGUGGCAUGAGGUGUGACAUGGGGGGAGACUGGAGCCACCUUUGCUUUCUACCACCGGGGCAUGGUGAGAAAAAGUGUUGAAGAGAAGAGUAUGGGGGUGGGGUAAUUUGAGAAAUGUGCAUUUUCAAUCCCUGGUAAGAGAGGAGCUCCUGGUGACUGGAUCCCUUUGAUACCCAGGACUAUGAAUCGAUUCCUACAACGGUGAGAUGCUAAAUUUGUAUUUAGGCAUCAAAAUCCCAAAGUAAAUGAAAAAGAUUUGGGAACUGGGUCCACAGUAUACCUGCCCCCCUCCACUGGCACAGAAAACAACCCAACAACAAUAAAAGGCAAAAACUGAA